AUGGAGACUGCUACGGCAGUGAUACUCGCCGUCCUUUCUUGUGCCCUGCCGCUCCUCGGCUACGCCGUCUUCACGUGGGUGCGUGACUGCUCCGAGAGCAGAGCGCAGAGCUUCAAGUUUGGUUCAUUGUCCCAUUGGAACCCAAGAAUUUGUAUGACUUGGGCUCCCUCCAUAGUUCAGUAUACCGAAAUCGUAGCACGGGCUCUACUCACCUUCAGGAUCCCGUUUCUGACGGCAAAUAUCAAGCAGCAGCUCAUGAAUCAAUUUGAUAGAAUAACGUGCCUGGAAGGAAUCCUUACGCUCAGCAAGCAGCGCAUGCUACUUCCUAUUUCGGCCCCCCAUCUCGGCACCCAAGUCAGCAAAGCAGCCCGCCCAACCCGCUCAGCCACCACCACAACGACCAGCCUCAGCCUCAGCAUCUCCAUCCACACCCCCUUCCCCGUCAUCCCCUCCUACCUCCCUUCUGCAUCCAAAUAA